CAUUUUCCCGGGGCACAGGCACUUCCUUAAUUUUAUGCUGGGCCAGCGCCAUUUCCAAUUCACAGCGAUGCCCUUUGUCUCUCAUCAUCCCUGAGAGUGUGCACAAAGUGCAUAGCGCCAGUGGCCACUUACCUCUGGCAUUGGGGUGUUCAAAUUUAUCCAUACCUUGAUGACUGGCUGAUAAAGGGCUGGUCCCGGGAUCAGGUGCAGUGGCGGCAUCUCAAUCUGGUUUGUUCCACCUGCCGUGACCUGGGGCUGUUAAUAAAUGAGAGAGUCAAUCGUAUCCCCAGUGCAGUGCAUAGAAUUAAUUGGAGCAGUCCUCGACUCUACUCAGACCAGAGCCUUCCGCCCUGAGGCUUGGUUCCAAGCCAUGGCAGACCUCAUCUCGUGCAUGCAGGCCCACCCUCUCACCUCUGCUCACACAUGCGUGCUAUUGUUGGGACACUUGGCGGCCUGCACCUACAUGGUUCGGCACAUGUGGCUCUGCCUUAGGCCCCUGCAUGCAUAGCUGGCGUCAGUCUACAUCCCCAAGAGACACAGAAUGGGCUGGGUGAUCAGGGUUCCGGACCAUGUACUGUUGUCAUUCACCUGGUGGCAGAAUUCUCCAUCGGUAAUUGAAGGAGUCCCCUUUGUGGCUCCAUCCCGUCGGUGACCCCCGUCUCCGAUGCAUCGGACCUGAGGUGGGGAGUCCACCUAGGCAAUCUUAGCAUGCGAAGUCAUUGGUCCACUUGUGAUUGCUCCCUACAUGUCAACAUCAGAGAGCUCAGAGGUUUGCCUGGCCUGCCAAGCCUUUCUACCUCAUAAAGUAAGGUGGUCCAGGUCCUAACAGACAAUACAGCGACUAUGUUCUAUAUCAACAAGCAAGGCGGAGCUAGAUCGUCUGCCCUUUGUCAGGAAACCCUCAGGCUCUGGGACUCCUGUCUGUACCGUGACAUCCAUCUCGUAGCAGCUCACCUCUCCAGGGCCAAGAACCUUGGGGAAUGUUACGCCCACUCUUCUUAGAAUUCUGGGGUGCCUCCUCGCUGGCCCUGACACUGUCAGUUUUCUCUCUUGAGUUGCUGCCCAGGUGUGAUCCUGAUCUUUUUUUCACUUAUUCUUUCCCCUAGAACUUUAUUUCUGUUUGCAGAAUAUCCACCCUCCUUUUAUCAAUGAGGAAUUCAGGGAGCUACUGCUGCUAAUGUCCUUUUAAUAAUAAUUUACAGUUGCCAGCUCUUGAAAACUAAAUGACCACUUAAGAUAACUACUCUUUUUUGUGUGUCCUUGUUUCUCAUCUUGAGCACCAGGAGUAAUUUACUCCUACUGACUUCUGGUUACCUAUCAUAUUUUGUAUAUGCCAAUUAUUUUGAUUUCACUUUCUGAAUAUAUAUUUUUAUAAUUUUCUUUUUCUGACACAGGAAUCUUAACUUUCCUGGGACAACCAUUAUUUCUUUUAGUGUGUUAAGUGGUCUUUCCCAAGCAUCUUUCAUAGCCCAAGAUAGGGAGAUAAUGUUUGUUUCACCGUUUGCUUCCUCUCCAUGCACCCAUCUGAUUAUUUAUACAGCUUCUUCCUUUAUCUAUACUUAGUAUUCUCUCCUGUGUCUCUCCUUUUCUGCUUACUAGUUUAUAUUCAUCCCAGCAGAUCUAUCUACCCAGUCAGCCGAUUUGUUGUUGCACCUUUUUGUGUGCAUGUAAUCAUCACGCUUCUGUCUGCCCAUUUGCCUUUUUUUAUUGUUGCCAUUGGGGUGGUCUGUGUGUGUGUGUGUGUGUAGUGCUUCAGAUGAACACAAGUUCUUGCUCCAAGGACCUUACUAUAUAAACAACCCAAACUUAUGAAGGAUAACGUCAAGCCAUAUGGGGAGAGGAGAGGGACAUUACAUAAAACAAAACAAAGGGAAAAGAGGCACAAACUUGAAAACAGACUAUAUUUGCAGCUAUAUUCUUAGUACACUUGGUUCCUCAUGUACCUGGGCAUAGAUAUGUCCAAGAAAAUGAUCAUUUAGGGAGGUGCUGUUCUCUAGUUUACUUGUUAUAAUUCCUGACACCUAGUUUUCGUGACCUUUUGUCUACAGUUGUUUGUCACUGAUGAGAAUAUGGACCAAAACUGUUGUUUUCUCUUCAGUUUCAGCCUGAUUCUAGUCCACUUGUCCUAUGAUAUCUCCUACACUGCCAAAAAUCAUGAGACUUGGUCCUCACUCAGGCGAUCUGUUUCAGAACCUGGCUCAACCAUAGACUCUGUGUGUGUCCAUGAGCAAGUCACUUAGUCUCGGUUCCUCAGUUUGCCAUUUAUAAAAUUCAGUUAGUAAUAUUUCCCUACCUCACAGGGUUGUUUUGAGGACAAAUUAAUGUUUGUGAUAUAUAAUUUAGCUGAAGGGAUCCAUAUAAGCCCUGAGAUUGACACAUACAGAUGAUAAUGAGUGUGAUAGAUUAAUAUGCAGAAGAGUUGUGGAAUACAUUUAAUAUAUUCUUUUAAUGUACUUUUUUAACAACCAUUUUAAGCUGAGUAUUCUGAAUAUAGUAAGGACUUAUUGGUCAGGUGAUUCUGCAAGAAAAGUACAAGAGACAAGCUAAGUUAUCAAGUGUAUGAGAUCAUUGCAAUUUGGCAAAUUAAUUCUGAAAUUUUAUAGAAAACUAACAUAAUCCCUCAGAAAAAAUCCCAAUAUUUAGUAAGAUACUGCAAACAUUGUACAGCAUUUUUGAGUUGUUAGCAGUAUUAGCUCACUCUUGCCCUAAUUUUCAAAGAUGCCCACAGUUGUCUCAAGAUUUGAAACAUGAUAAAUGUAAGGAAAUGCUCAAAAAUUACUCAUCUACCUUCAGUAAUCCCAAAUUUUGGGAGCCAUCCCUCACAUACUUGAAACUUGGAUUUCUUGCUAGGAUCUACCAAAUAGGAAUGUGAGGGACAAGGGCUAAGUUACAGCUGGAAUACCCAGGGAAGAGAUGGUCUUCUAUAGUAGUUGACGACUACUAUAGGUUAAAUAUACAUUUAAAUUGCGUAAAUAAAUUUAGUCUAGAUAAAUAUAGUUUGGAGACAAAGAUUUUUUCAGUUGCUAGGUUUGCCAUUACUUUGUUUAGUAGUGAUGCCUUUAAAAAAGUUAGUAUGAAUACUCAAUUUGUACAGAAAUGUGUUAGAAUUUGAGGAAUCGCCUGCAUUUCAAGUUUGUAUUCGCAAUUUAAGAAUGCGUGUGGAGAAUCUUUGACUCUGUCCUUUCUUGUCUUGAGGUAAAUUUUCAGAUUGAUGUGACAUAGUAUUUAGUGCAGAGGAAUGGGAAGUAGGAUGAGGAAGCAGUUGGGGUCAUGCUGUUUUGCAGUGUAAAUUUAGCUCUGGACUUGUUGGUUUGGACACAUAAUCAAGGACAGGAUUUUGUCAAGUGACCUUAAAUGAUGGGCAUUUUGUCCACAGUAACACAUACACUGGCUCUGGAUUUGAAGCUACUAACUAAAAUGGUCAAUCCCUCUUACCUAGGCCACCUAAAACCCAAAUCUACUUGACCGUGUCCUGGUAGUUAGAGAGCUCUGUUAGCUUGUAUUGCUCAGAUUUCCUAAUCCCCUUAAAUGUUAAAGUGAGGAAGUAAGAACAGUGGGAAAAGGACAAAAGGGAGUUCACCACAAUACCAUUUACUUGUUAGCUGUCCCUCAUUAAAUGGAGCAUGGCAAUGAUGCUUUAUUUACUUUUGUUACUCUAGAGCCAGCCUUUGAAGUUGAAUGCAACUACACUGUAGUAAAUGAAAAAGUGAUUGCAGUAACUUCACCAUAAAAUUAGACAUUUGAAGAAAACUGGAAUUCACUAGAUAAUCUAUAGCUAAUUUUGCUUAUCCAUUUUAUGCUAUUGAACUGGUGUGGAUAUCCGUCUGAAGGAGACAGCUGCUAGUCCAAGUCAUGCAUCGGGGGUACAUGCAGGAAACUUGACUCUUCCCAGAUUUUGAAGAUGCGAUUUUACUAACAUUGUGUUUUUACAGUACAACUUGGCAUUGAUAAAACUUCAAACAAUGAAAACCUAUUGUCCCCGUCUCAGAAAUAGAAAACGUACAGGCUAGUGGCUAGGGGUAUCUCCGCAGAUAGCACUUAAUUUUGUACUCUUGUAUACUGGCCAGCUGCCAGUGAAAGUAUAGUCCUCUGAGCCUUUCACUUAAUUGAAAUAAAUCUGAAGAAAUUAUGGUAGCAUUUGGCUAGCUCAGCUUUCCUUGUGUACUGAGGUUCUAUCUCUUCUUUCUAAGGAAAUUAUCUCUGAAAUUUGAGAUGCGUUGUUCCUGUAAAAUUAUGACUCAACAUUAUAUGUUGAGUAUCACCUUGAGGCCUCAGACAGGUGGCACCCAUUGUGUUAAGCGCUGUACAAACAUGCAGUGACUGACAGCUCCCGCCUCCCAAACCUUGUAGUCUAAAACAAGACCUAACACCUGAGUGAGGCAAGGAGAUUGGAGUAACAAAUUGGCCAGCCUUCCUGCAUCAACUAGAGGGUGAGGUAACUAUCGUCAUUUUGUUCUUUCAAAAAAAAAAAAAAAAAAAAAAAAAAAAAACAAGCCAGACCUUAAGUUUUUUUUCCCAUCAUCUCCCCUACUACUCCUGCCCUCCAUCUGAGGCCAUUCAGGGAGAUUGAUUCUACCACACUGCACCACACUCGGUGGGGUGGCUGCAGAGGAGAGAGUGAUGUUCUUGAGUCUGCAUUACAGAGUGAACAUAAGAUUGGCCAGACUGGGUCAGACCAAAGGUCCAUCCAGCCCAGUGUCCUGUCUACCGACAGUGGCCAAUGCCAGGUGCACCAGAGGGAGUGAACAGAACAGGGCUGCUUUAGAGGAAGUGGAAGGAGAUGUGGCAGAAUUAGAACUGAAACUUGAAAAGCUAGUAAAGCUUUGCAUUGCGAUGAUCGAUACUGGUAAAGCUUUUUGUGCUGCCAACAAGCACUUCAUGAAUGGAAUUCGAGACCUUGCACAGUAUUCCAAUAAGGACGUAAUAGUUGAGACCAGCUUGACAAAGUUUUCUGACAGCCUACAGGAAAUGAUCAAUUAUCACACAACCCUAUUUGACCAAACCCAAAGAUCAAUUAAAACACAGCUUCAGAUGUUCGUUAAAGAAGAUAUUAGAAAAUUUAAAGAUGCAAAGAAGCAGUUUGAAAAAGUCAGUGAAGAAAAAGAAAAUGCACUAGCAAAAAAUGCUCAAGUUCAAAGAAAUAAACAACAUGAAGUAGAGGAGGCCACCAACAUUCUCACUGCAACACGAAAAUGCUUUCGGCACAUAGCUCUGGAUUAUGUUCUUCAGAUUAAUGUUCUUCAAUCUAAGAGGAGAUCAGAGAUCUUAAAGUCGAUGUUAUCCUUUAUGUAUGCUCAUCUGACCUUCUUUCAUCAAGGCUAUGAUCUAUUUAGCGAGCUUAGGCCAUACAUGAAUGAUCUUGGAGCACAGCUGGAUCGGUUGGGUGUAGAUGCUGCAAAGGAGAAGAGAGAUAUGGAGCAAAAGCACUCCACUAUUCAGCAAAAGGAUUUCUCCAGUGAUGAUACUAAGCUAGAAUACAAUGUAGAUGCAGCCAAUGGCAUUGUUAUGGAAGGGUAUCUCUUUAAGCGAGCCAGCAAUGCCUUCAAGACUUGGAACAGGAAAAAGCCAGAUCGCAUCAGACGCUGGUUUUCGAUACAGAAUAAUCAGCUUGUUUACCAGAAAAAAUUUAAGGAUAAUCCCACAGUAGUCGUUGAAGACUUGCGGCUUUGCACAGUUAAGCAUUGCGAAGACAUAGAAAGACGUUUCUGCUUCGAGGUGGUCUCUCCAACAAAAAGCUGCAUGCUCCAAGCUGAUUCUGAAAAGCUGCGGCAGGCAUGGAUUAAGGCUGUUCAGACCAGUAUAGCUACGGCAUAUAGAGAGAAGGGGGAUGAAUCCGAGAAACUAGAGAAGAAGUCGUCAUCCCCUUCUACAGGAAGCCUAGAAUCUGGCAGUGAGUCAAAAGAGAAGUUGUUAAAAGGAGAAAGUGCGCUACAGCGGGUUCAAUGUAUUGGUGGUAACAUCACCUGUUGUGAUUGUGGCCUGGCAGAUCCUCGUUGGGCCAGUAUCAACCUAGGAAUCACAUUGUGUAUUGAGUGUUCUGGGAUACACAGGAGUCUAGGAGUUCACUUUUCAAAAGUUAGAUCCUUAACACUAGAUACAUGGGAGCCUGAACUUCUAAAGCUGAUGUGUGAAUUGGGGAAUGAUGUCAUCAAUAGAAUAUAUGAAGCAAAAGUUGAAAGAAUGGGAGUUAAGAAGCCACAACCUGGAAGCCAAAGGCAGGAGAAAGAGGAUUAUAUCAGAGCAAAAUACGUGGAAAAAAAAUUUGUGGAGAGACAGCCUGCAUCAGUGUCUCCUGAGCAUGGAACAAAAGUUCUGCCUCAAAGUCAGGAGGAAAAGAGGCACAACAUCCCUGAAAAAUCCCCUUUGUCUGGUGAACAAGUCACAGCUUCUCCAACAGUAAGAAGCAGUGACAGUGGGACCCAGCACAGUGCCAAUGACCGCAGAGAACACCUCGCUUCUACCAUCUCCACAAACAGUUUGUAUGAGCCAGAAGGAGAAAAGCAAGAUUCUUGUUUGUUUCAUGAUUCAAAACAGCUUCAUCCAGGACUGCAGCUUUAUCGAGCUGCCUAUGAGAAGAACCUUCCUGAUAUGGCAGAGGCAUUAGCCCAUGGAGCUGAUGUAAACUGGGUCAAUACAGAAGAAAACAAAGCAACACCACUGAUUCAGGCAGUCCUAGGGGGCUCAUUGGUUACUUGUGAGUUUUUGCUGCAGAAUGGUGCCAAUGUCAACCAUAGGGAUGUGAAAGGAAGAGGACCACUACACCAUGGCACAGUCUUGGGGCACACUGGGCAAGUGUGUUUAUUCCUAAAACGAGGAGCAAAUCAGCAUGCCACUGAUGAAGAAGGGAAAGACCCUUUGAGUAUAGCUGUAGAAGCUGCAAAUGCAGAUAUCGUAACUCUGUUACGUUUGGCAAGAAUGAAUGAAGAAAUGAGGGAAUCAGAAGGACUUUAUGGACAGCCAGGAGAUGAAACUUACCAGGACAUUUUUCGUGAUUUUUCUCAAAUGGCAUCCAAUAAUCCAGAGAAGCUAAACCGUUUUCAGCAAUCAGACUCACAGAAGUCUUGAGUGUCUAAGAAGAAAAAGAACUAAACCUGGUUCUUUUCUAAUGCUUCUAGAGCAGCAGUCUUUAUUUUUUUAAACUGGUUUCAUUAUGUGUUUUUUGUGAUAUAUUUGGUAGUCUGGAUUGAGUGAGCACUCUAGUGUAGCCUUAGGCUGGGUGGGAGGUGUAAUUUGCUGCAUGUGAUUCAGGGUGAAUACUGCAGCAGCUGGAGAUGGAGCUGUUUUAGCAAGGGAUACUGCCUCGGAUUGGAGGGAGUUUUUUGUUUUGCCAUGUGGAGGCAGGAUUAGGUUGAGUCACGCUCCAGGCUGGCGGAAGCUGGGAGCGUUGCAGAACUCCUCCUCUGUCAGUGGUGUGGGAUGACCAGAUCCUCACUGCUCACGGGCAGUCGCUAGCAGCACAAUUUCCCCAGGCCUCCCGUUCUGCCUGGCUGUAACCCUACAGCUCCUAUCUCUUCAGGCGAGGACCAGCUUGCCUUUUCCCUCUCCAGUCUGUUUGGAUGGGAAAGCUGGUGAUCACCUGCCUGAACACCCCUUCUGUACAUCUGCCCCUGACACACACACACGAUCCUCCAUCUCCUCUGCCCGGUGUGCUACUAACACAGGAAAUGAUGACGACGUUGCAGGCUCUUCCACAGCUGACUCCUUCUAACCAGUGCAGGCCAUGAGGCCAGUGACUGCUGUCCUGUCACUGUACGUACGUAUUCUGGAGGACCACAUGUCAGAAAAGCAGCAACUUCCCUAUUUUACUAUAAGACUUGUUGUGAACAAAGUUGCUUGUUUGAUUGAUUCUCUGUGGAACUUUCCCUUUGGAGUAAAUUUGAUCCCCUGAUGCCAUCAAGUUUUGUUUUUAAUGCGUUAAACUGACUGACAUCAAAAUGCAUCUCAAAAGCUGGAAUUAGGGAGUAGAAAAUAAAUAGUGAGCCAAGCAGAACAUUAACAUAGGACAGGCAUACAAAUGAAAGGUUGCCUCUCCUGCCAAGCUGUUGUCAGGAUUGUUCCCAAUAAAGAAAUAUUAAAACACUCACAAGUUAUGCAGCCGUCCUACACUUGGGGCAAUCAGUCCUUUUUGCCAGAGCCUGCCAUAAUGUAAUCUGUGUACUGGCUCUCUGAAAUAGGGCAUGUAGUAGAAAACCUGGAAGUCUUACUGUAUGGCUGCUCUAAAAAGAGAAUAUAAUCAGAAGUGGUAUUCUGUUGGCAGCAACCAGAACCGUUCAGUGGGCUCCACCCUGUGUUCUGUUGAUGUGCGCAUGCACAUGAUGUAUAAAAGUAAAGAUUUAUCUGUGUAUUUAUAGUAGAUAGCAUAUAGAUAGAUAAUAUACAUCUGAGCCCCAAAAGCAUCACAGACUUUCUUAGUUAUUGGUCCUCCAUUUGCUGGCACUUCAAACAGUGUAAGAAGGAUUUCUAGGUAGGCCUUCCAAGCUACUGCAGAUUUCCUGUAAUCUUCGUCAACUAUUUAGAACAAUAUACUAUACUGCUGCUAAAAUUUACUUUGGAAAUAAGUGAGAUUUAAAAACAUUAGCUUGUUACAAUGCAGAUACAGAAGGGGCUUUCUAAAUUUAUGUAAAUGUGUGAUAAAAUUAAGCUUUUCCAGGCAUGUUACAUUUCAGAGAGUUUUUUAAAUAUUUAUCCUUGUGCAUUAAAUAGCUAAUCAAAAAUAAAAUAUAUGAAAAAUUUUUGAUACCAGAAUAAGAUCUUCAUGCUAUAGAAAGUGUCCAAUAGGUUAUUGUGGUAAAUGGGUGAAUUUUACAGUCUCAUCAUUGCUUUAUUUGUAGCCUAAUUACUUGAAGCAAAGUAAAUUGUGCCCAUUUUAACUGCAUUGAUUUUUGGACAGUAAUACAUUUGCGGUUACUGCUUACAAAUGAGUUUCAUAAGCUUUUUUAAUAGGAAUUGGUUCCUGGAGAAUGAUUGGGUGCUCUCUGAUCUGUCUCCUUAAAUAGCAUUCUAUCUUGAGUAAGUUAGAGCUUAGAGAGUAGAAGCUUCCACACGUAGAGUUGGGACGCUGUGUAAGAUACGCCCAUUAUAGAAUACUCAUUUCAGAUACACAGUUUUGUCUAGAUGCCUUGUCCUCUUACGUUACAAAUAAUGCUUGGUGUACAGUGAGAGUGACUGUAUAGAAAAGCUGCCUGAAGCUUCAGGGCACAAUCACUGUCUUUAUUCCGUAGUGCUGAAAGAUAUUGGAAGUCUCUCCUCUGAGAUGCCCCAUGCCAUAUCUCCACCUUUGUGACCACUGCAGCAUUUCCUUCCCAGUCACUCAGGGCUGCUGCUUAAACUUGCAAAAGGGUUCCCUAUAAAGCACAGCUCUUUCUCUGUAGCUGUGUGGAGCCCCUGCUGCGUUCCCAGCUCUCGCCAGUCAGGGGAGUGAGUGACCUAGCUUUUGAUACUGUGUUUAUGCUAAAUUGUAGAAUCUGCUUGGAUUGUUUGUCAGUGCGUGAUUGUAUCCGAGUGGUCUGACAGAAGACCUAGAGUUUGUAAAAACCUGAAGUCGUUUUGGCAGCCCAGGCUAGGUAGUGUAGUUCCUUGGCCUGGUCUGUGCGCUGAGAUGUGCAGUGUAAUGUGCAUUCACCAGAAGAGCAUUGUUGUGAUCACUGACACACUGACAAAAAUGGACAUGCCGUGAAGCUAUCUGGUGUGUAGCAAGAUCAAGUGUUCAGUUUGCAGGACGAAGUCUAGUUGACCCCCUGGCUUUAGAGACGGUGCUUGAUGGGCAAAUCUGUAACUCGUGUGUUGCUGUUUUGCUUAGUAGUAUUAGGAAAUUCCCACUCCUGCUAUGAGGUAAAUCUGAAUAUAACUUGAAUAGUGUGCAUGAAGUAAGACUCUGUUGGGCUUUAGUAUCUGCUGAGCCAUGUGCCAAGUACUGGGAAAGUUUAGUUCCAGUUCAUACUUUCACCUAUGUGUAGAAUACAACUGGCCUUAACUUGUGGAGAAGGCAGCAGUAUUUUCUUAACACAGUUUAAAAUAAAUUGAUCAUUUAUUUUAGGCUUUUAUUAUCUUUAUCCUACCCAGGGCCAGAUGUGCAGAAAGACUUUUGGAAUGAGUAAAUAUGGAAAAGCACAUAAUACAUUUUAGCAUACUUUUGGACAUGAUUUACGUAGGUUACCUGCUGGUUAAAAUUGUGGCUAUAAUGUUUCAUUACAAUCUGUACUUGUUUUUAAGGCUUCCUGUUUUCUGUUACUUUGGGUACAAUGCUUAUAUAUUCAGGUAUUUCUGUACUCUGCUGAAUUUUAUACUAUUUGACUUAUUGAAAUUGUUAUCCUUUUCCUUAAGUUUGAGUGAAUCCAGUAGGUGGUAGAAGGCUUGCUUUGCUUUCACUCAUGUUGCAGUUGGAACAUGCACAUCAGUUCAUUAAUACAGGGUAGAAUUUAGUUUCCUCACCUGCACAAUUGGGACCUAAUCUCAACCUCAUCGAAAUCAGCGGGAGCCUUCCCAUUGACUUCACUGGACUCAGAUUAUGCUCUUAAUGAUUUAUAAUGUUCAUGGUAUGUUGGAAGGUAAUUGUCUGUAUCUUUCACUUAUAGGGAUUCAUUUUCACUUGCUUUACAUGUAGACAGGGCUGACAUGUAAACAAACCCCCUCCAAGUGCUGUUGAUUUAUCAGUAAAUUCUCCAUAUAAAACGGAGUGUCUUUCUCUCAUUCUGAAUCAUGACUUGUACCCACAGCAUGUUGUUUGAUGUAUAGCAAUUAUAUGUAAGCACUGGUGCAAGGGAUACAUGAGAACUAGAAGAAGUGUAACAUUUGCUAUAAUGUUUUCAGUGUGUAGACAGCUGCUGGGAAGCAGGGAAAUCCUGUUUUUUAACAAACGUGCAUGUGAAGUAUGCAUUUUAAUAAUCUCUGAAUGGCACAGAGAACAUAAAAGGACCAUUUCAUGGAAUUCCAAAUGUACAAAUGCCUUGAGUCCAAGGCAUGAGUAUUUGUACAUCAGAAGGAUUAGAACUGAUGAUUAAGAUACUGAAAGCAUUUUAAAAGCCAAUUCUGAAAACAUCCACGAUCCAUCCGCUUACAGAUAGGUAAAGAAUGUUUUCCCCAGUUGAAUACAAUGCCAUGGUUGAUGCUCCUUUGCACAGAGUUCUGCCUGACACACACGUGUCUCGGUAUAGGUAUCUGUUUGUACAAAUGGGCACUUUUUUAAAACAGUCAGCCAACUAUGUACAGAUACGAUGGGGGGGAGGAGAUGAAUGUACUUUUUUAUUUGCAUUUUCCCCCUUCACCAUUCUUUCUUUACCUUUCUGCGUACUGUAUUUCUUCUCUCUUUUCCCAUGGAAGGAGAUGGUAAGGAAGGAAAAUUCCCACUUGAUUUUUAUCCUCAGGUCAGAAUUUUUCCCAUGUUAUGAUAAUAAUUACUGAGGAAUCAAACCAUGUUUCCUCAAACUGGAUGGUUAUUCUGUUUGGAGUGAUAAAUGACUUUCUGUACCUAUCGCUAAGUACAUCUUUACUAGACAGUGGUUUUGAACCAGUCCAGUAGUAAAUUGUUGUGAUUUUUUUUUUUUGGUUUUCCUAAAUGCAUAAUUGGAAAGAAUGUAUAACCAGUCCUACUUUGCAUUUAAUAAGUCUAUAGACUUUGUAUCAGAAACUUGAAUGUAGUUUUAUUGUAGUUUCAUUGUAAAUGAAGAAAAAUACAUUAUCUUAAUAGUUACUCUAUGUACAUUAUGUAAGAAUUGUAAAUACUAUACUUGAAUAAAGACUUUGUAUGCUGCAAAA